UCAAAUAUUUUAACUAAAAUAAAAAAGAAUUUAAAAAAAAAAAAGAUUUAAGAGAUCAGAAUGGGGAGAGGUAGGGUUCAACUGAAGCGGAUCGAGAACAAGAUCAGCAGGCAGGUGACAUUCUCAAAGCGACGGUCGGGAUUGCUCAAGAAAGCUCAUGAGAUUUCCGUGCUUUGCGAUGCCCAUGUUGGUUUGAUUAUCUUCUCCACCAAAGGCAAGCUCUUUGAGUAUUCUUCUGAUUCCAGCAUGGAGACAAUCCUGGAACGGUAUGAGAGAUACUCAUGUGCAGAAAAGCAGCUUGUUCCCACUGCUUCUGAAUCUCAGGAAAGCAGCAGCUGGACUAUCGAACUCCCUAAGCUCACGAAUAGAAUGGAAGUACUCCAAAGGAACCUAAGGAACUCUAUGGGGGAAGAUCUAGACCCCUUAAGCUUGAGAGAACUUCAACAUCUAGAGCAACAGCUUGAUAUAGGUCUUAAACGGAUACGAACAAGAAAGAACCAACUCAUGCUUGAAGCCAUUGCAGAAAUGCAGAAGAAGGCAAAAGCAUUGCAGGAGGAGAACAACCUCAUAACGAAAAAGCUGAAGGAGAAUGAAAAUAUGUUAGCCGAACGCGCAAACUGGGAGCAGCAAUGCAAUAAUAUUAGUGGUCCAAACUCAACCACUCCAUUGCUUAUGGCGCCACAUCCAAGACCCCCACUUCCUUCUCAUAGUGGGGCUUUUCAAGCAAGCGGAGUCGUAGAAGAAGGUAGUGGAUAUCAAACUCGGCCUACGACGAACAACACUCGCAUACCUUCAUGGAUGCUUAACCAUCCGAACCAAUAGCAAACUAAUCGCAAUCACUUGGGUUUUUUUUGCCCUCCCCUUCAUUUCUCGGCUAAUGAAGUCGCAUAAUUAAAGAUCAUGUCAAUUAGUUUUAAUAAACUCUACUGUGAAGCCCCAUUCUUGUUGUGACAACAUAAAACCAAGAACGAAUGUCUUGUAAAUUUAAUUUGUCUCGUGAAGUUUUUUAGGGGUAUAGAAUUUAAGUGGGAAUGUGCCAAAUCCAGGGAUACAUUGGUCCUAUCAGGGUAGUUACGCUGUAAGUUUGGAGGAAGCUUUACUCCCUCACCUGUAAUGUGUUCUUAGCAUGCAUUGAUUUUGCAAGAAAUUGAAGAAAUAUGCCCACAUUUAUUCUGUGGUUGUACAAAUGUUAAACUAUCAGCAUUUUGUGUAUUUAUUUCAUUGAA